AUGAUUGAUGACCAGGAUCUUGGGUUCUUUGCCAACUUUCUUGGCAUUUUUAUAUUUGUUCUGGUGAUUGCUUACCAUUAUGUGGUGGCUGACCCAAAAUAUGCAACCAACUGAGACAUGGUUUGUAACAUGUCUGCUUAGAGAGUAAUAUGUGGAGUCAACUCUUUUUAUGAGAACUUAAGUGAUAUACAUGUUUAGUCGAUUUUGUAAUAGAACAAAUUUACUUAUGGAUAUAUAUGGUUAAUGUAGUUGUUAAUUAUGGGUGGGAUUGCUGCUUUCAUAUAUGGUUCAUUGGUCAAUUGUUAAAUGGUUAAAUGACGCAUGUAAUGCUGGAAGUUAUUAAAUAAUAUUGAUGCGAUCCUAGAGAAGACCCUAAUACUGGUGCUCUUAUUCUUCUUUUGUGGUGA